AUUUGAUCUUGCCAGCUUUGGAAUUCUUUUGAGCGACCUAACCCGGAAGCAGCCUGAUUCUGAGCCUAUGAGCCUUGAAAUCGCCAGGAGAUGAGCGCCACUCUGAAUUAUAAGUCUUUUUCUAAAGAGCAGCAAACUAUGGAUAACUUGGAGAAACAGCUUAUUUGUCCCAUCUGUUUGGAAAUGUUUACUAAGCCAGUGGUUAUCCUUCCAUGUCAGCACAACCUCUGUAGAAAAUGUGCCAGCGAUAUCUUCCAGGCCUCCAAUCCAUAUCUUCCAAUCAGAGGAGGUACCACUGUGGCUUCAGGAGGUCGAUUUCGCUGCCCCUCCUGUAGACAUGAAGUAGUUCUUGAUAGGCAUGGAGUGUAUGGCCUUCAAAGAAAUCUGCUGGUGGAAAAUAUAAUUGAUAUAUACAAACAGGAAUCUUCCAGGCCUGAAAGAAAAACUGAGCAGCCAAUGUGUGAAGAACAUGAAGAUGAGAAAAUUAAUAUUUAUUGCCUGAAUUGUGAAGUGCCCACCUGUUCCAUGUGCAAAGUUUUUGGUGCUCAUAAAGACUGUCAGGUUGCUCCCCUCUCGAAUGUGUACCAAAGGCAGAAGUCUGAACUUAGUGAUGGGAUCGCUGUGCUCGUGGGAAGUAAUGACAGAGUACAAGGAAUUGUAACUCAGCUGGAGGAAACCUGCAGAACAGUUGAAGAAUGCUGCAAAAGGCAGAAGGAGCAACUAUGUGAAAAAUUUGAUUAUUUGUAUGCAAUAUUGGAAGAACGAAAAAGUGAGAUGACACAAAUAAUCACUCGGAGCCAAGAGGAGAAAUUGGAACAUGUCCGGUCUCUGAUAAAAAAGCAUGCAGAUCAUUUAGAGAUAGUAUCAAAACUGGUGGAAUCAGGCAUCCAAUUUAUGGAAGAGCCAGAAAUGGCUCUAUUUUUACAGAAUGCCAAAGCAUUGCUACAAAAAAUUACUGAAGCUUCUAAAGCAUUUCAGAUGGAAAAAAUAGAGAAAGGCUAUGAAAAUAUGACCCACUUCACAGUCAAUCUUAAUAGAGAAGAAAAGAUAAUUAGAGAAAUUUACUUUUACAGAGAAGAAGAGGAGGAGGAGGAGGAAGAUGCUACAGAAGGGAAAACACCAGAUGAAAUCCAUACUGAAUCAUCAGGUGAAGAAGAUGAAAUAUCUGAACAAGCAUCAUCUCAGCAACUUCAACAGGAUAUUGCAUUGAAAGACACACAAGCAGUAUCUCAGAGUAAUCUGGCACCAUCAUUACCUUCUAACCCAUUAGUUAAUACUCCUACCACAGCAAAACAGGAUGAAAUUGUACAUACUACUACAGCACAGCCUGCAGGACUAGUAGAGACUGGACUACAGUCAAAUGGAGAGUCAUCCGAUCCCUUGUUCUACCCUAGUUGGUAUAAAGCAUCACCACGACAAACAAGCAAUUCAAAUCCAGCUCCAUUGACCGAGAGUAGGCAGGUAGGGCCUUCCAUUCCUGUAGAAGUGAAUGUCAAGAAGACAGAGGCUCCAGAAGCAGCUUCUGCAAAUACAAGUUCUGCUGUGUGUGGUAAGGAAGUUAACCCAUCUACAGAUACUUCACAGACUGGGUCUGAGACCUUACAAGGACAUGUGGAAGGACAGCCUGGGAGCAAUGAAAGAGUUGAUGAGCCAGCUCGUCAUGUUUUCUCUUUCUCCUGGUUGAACUCAUUGAAUGAAUGAUGACUCCUAGUCCAGAUGGCAUCUGGUGAACUCAAUAACAACGAAGAACACAUUGAAAAUAAUAGCGGAUCAGAUUUUAUUUAAGGACUUUAUUUUGAAAAUCAUCACAUUGGAUCUGACUUUUGUACAAUUUGAGCAGGGAAGCGGUGGGGAAGAAAGAGUAGGAGUUAAUACCUUGUCAUGAACAUCAAAUUCAUACACAUUUCUGAACUCAUGGCAAAUAUCAAAUGAUAACAUUACUUGCCCAGUUUGCUUCUGGGCACUGGGAUUUGGACAUAAGGCUCAAUAGUAUUUCUAAUAGCUGAUCUGGGUUAUGCCCAAAUUAUUAUAUGAAUGUGGCAAAUGCCCCUACUUAUGUUCAAAUAAAAUUAAAAUCAGAAGGAAGGAAGGAAUUGAAAAGAAUAAUAUACUUACAAGUAAGCUAAAAACCAAACUAAAAUAAAAGUAAAAAUUCAUUAUCCAUAUUUGUAAAUGCCUUAGGCAUACUCUUAGUUUUAUGUUUGUACUUUAUCAUUUCUUCACUAAAGAUACUGUUGUUAAUAAAUUUCUCAUUAUUUGGAAGUUUCUUUCCUGUUUUUGUAAUUGAAUUCGGUAACCCUGAAAUUAAAAUAUUUAUUAAAAUAUUCAUAGAUUGUUUAGCUCAUAGAAUAUUACUGCAUAUAUAUAAAAUUAAUAAAUCUUACAAUUGUUUUAACAGGAUCAAAAAGGCAACUAUUGGAAGCAAUAACAAAAGAAAAAGAUAAUUAAAAUUGAUGAAAAGCAUAAUGGAACAGAAAUAUUUUUAUCUGUUACUUGAGCUUGGGCACAGCUAUAAUGUUCUUCAGCAGAGAAUCCAAAAGUCAGAACACUGCCACAAGGACUCUUGCACAAAAAGGUGACAUAUAUAACAGGACAUUUACAGAACGUUAAAGAAUUGACAUUUAUAAGCAAAAUCACCAAAAUUAAUGAGGCACUACUUUUCCUGAUGACAUUUGGACUCCAGUUGGGUUUUUUUUUUUAAUCAGAAUUUUCCUAUAAACUGUUAGAUAGCUGGUUUUGAAUGUUUGGAGUUUUCAAAGUAGAUUUUUCAUAUAGUAUAAAGAAUAACAAUUCAAAUCAAUGUUCAAAAUCUUUGCAACAAUUAUGGUGUAUAAUGGAAUAUCCUAAAUUGUGACCUAAUUGCUGGGAUUCUGUUAUUUUUAAUUCAUAGACUUUAUGAUACAACUAAGUUGAAUUCUCAUUUUCUACAUUUACAAUGAACUAAAAUGUCCUACACUGAGAAUCUAUGGCCCUCUAAAUAUUGGGCAUCAACUCCCAUCUUCUCUAGCUUGAUUAAACAAUGAUAAUAGAUUAUGUGAACUGUGUCUAAAAUCAGGUACAGUGCAACAAGUACCUAUAUGUAUGCCAUCACCAAUGAUUCCUUAGAAUUUUAAAAAUGUAUCUCUUUCAAAGCUUCCAUGACUUUUAGUGCAACAUCAUGGAACCUCUUUAGUGACUAGUAGCCCAAAUAUUUUUCAUGUCUGUGUGCAACCUAUUCGUCCAUCAAGAAGAAAAAGAAUAAAUAUUUGAUUUGAA